CCUUCUGUCUCGAUCCUUCCCAUCAACCAGAACGAAUCAAUGGAAUCGUAAAGAAUUGCAUGUACACACCAUGUUCUCCGGGUUACCGAUGUUUAUUCAAUCAGGCCUAUGGACAAUACUUCUGUUGCGGUCAGAGCGAUCCAGGCUACGACUAUAACUACGGCAAGAUCCGAAUGUACCCAGGGACACUGCAGCCGUUGCAGUGUUUUGCCAAGGAUCAAUGCCUAUGGGUCGAUACACCAAACUGUGUGUAUUCUUACAGAUAUAAACAAUAUGUGUGUUGCUCGACGUUUAACUGUUGAAA